GUUGCACUGUUCUUAUAGACUAAUGAUUCAUUUGUAUUUAAUGACUGCCUGAUUUCGAAUUACGAAUACAAUACGUUCGUUUGUGCUCCUCUAGUUCUGUGUGAGUUGAAUUGCGUUAUUUCAGGGAUUCCUAGUUCGUAUAGUAAUCCAAAUACUUCUAAUCAUCGCAUUGGUUCAACAGUAUGUAGUGACCUACUUUUGUCAGGAGAACGUAAUUGGUGUUGUAGAAACAAUAUUGUUAUAAACAAUUGUACCGGGAUUGUUUUACCGUACCUGUUUGUUUAACUGUACCAAAAACACAUACAUUCUCCCGUUGAUCGUGACCUUGCCUGAAUUCGGUUACGCUCAGUAACCACACCUGUAUUCUUUCGAUACCAAGAGAUCGUCAGUAAAUACAUCUCGACUACAGCCAUCAACUGCCUUCCGAUAUUCGACGUACGGGGAUCUUAUCGGUUAACUGGCACGUGGUCUUCCGGUUGUGGUGACCAUAGUCAACCGGACUUGACGCCUUACUACAAGUACUUGCUUUCUUCAUAGCUGUUAUCUUUUUGAAGUCUAGAUAUUUGCAUCUACACUAUAUGCGAAUAGGCAAAUAGACAUUCAAAUCAAUAAAUUGGAAAUUAGUCCAGACAUUAAAUUUCAUGAUGUUCGAAACCGUACAUCAUUACCUAACCCACUGUGGCAUGUGCAGUAGAAUGUCUAGAUAACCUUCUCUGGACCUUACAAAUACUUAAAACUGUUCCGUGACACCUAAGAUCGGGAGUAAAGGAUUUAUCAUGUUCUUAUUGUCGUUUCAUAACAGUGUUGAUUGUUGUGCAUGACGGUUUGACACCUAGUCAACCCAACACGAGCAACUAACUUGAACAUCAGCGCCAUCAAAGAAUUUCAUAGCAAACAACAAAAGCUAGGUAAGCUCUCAAUGAAAGUUAUCUCUGUUUGGAAUGUUCUUCUAGCCGAAGUGACCACAACGCACUCAGAGGAUGGCUUCAGGAGGAGACUUUAGAACCUCAUAUUCCCGCUCUUUGAAUAAAUGAGCCUUCUGCUAUCACCUAAACUAUUUACUGUUAUCAUUAUCACAUCUUAUAAACAUAUUCCUUCAUCGCUUAAUGUUAACUCUGCUUCUCUUUUACUUUUGUAGGGCCAGUGGAAUGUCAUUAAGCCUUAGCCAAGUCAUCCGGCUGUUGGGUAACUGAAUAUCGAACAGACCAUCAAUCCCUGCCAAGGUCAAGGGCAACCAAUGCGCAUCAGUUAAUCAUAUGCCAUGGACUGGCCCAUGCAGCGGUAGUCCUACCACCUUCUGUGUACUCAUUCUUACUCAUACUUCCGUAGUAACUUUCUUUGUAUUAUACGGUCUUCAAAGCGGCUAUCGUACUUUAAUAGGUCGAAGGAGCAACCCACGUUAGAUGCUGACUGCGAGGUGUGAUUUCGAAGUCACCUGGUUCGUCACACCAUUCCCGUCUAAGUUCAGUAACCCCUCUGAUCAUUCGACGUAGAUCAUCAACAUUGAUGACCUACACUGUAAUACUCUAGUUUUCGCACACUAUCUUCAUUACCAAUUAACUAACACGUUUACUGCCUGUUUCUUGAAGACCUGGUUAGUUCCUAGCAUCCGAAUUUCCGAGUCAUUAUUUUUCACAUUACAACCAAACAACCCCUGCCUGAUAACGUGAAAGGUGCUGUUAUCUAGAAACCCUACUGUUCCGAGACAAACGCAUUCACUCAAACUACAAGAUCUGUAAACCCACAAAUAACUAAUAAACUGACUAGGAUUAGUGCAAUCGAGUAACCAGACUACCGCCUAUUAAAAGUUAUUAAAAACUUGGAAGCGUAUAUAAUCAACAAGAAGUGAGUUCAAAGACACCAGUCGGUAUGCACAACUUCGUCUCCAAGAUAUUGGAUACUGGAAGGCAGUUCGGGGUUCUUUCAAAUCUCAAGGACGGCAUGCAAACUUUUUGAUAAAUUUAAGUCAUCCUUUUAUCAACUGCUUUUCAUAUGGACACAGUAUGUUACAGGUCUCGUUUUUCCAUAGGUUAUUCAUAGAAAAACUUCCCGAGAGGUUCUUCAGGAAGAAGGCAGAGGUCUUCAACCGAAAGGUUAAAUAUGCUAAACAAAGUGUCACUCAGGUAGCGGCACUACACAAUGUAUUGCCUGGCUAUCUUGAGAAGGAAGAUGAAAAUGAGAUAAUCACUCAAGAUGCUAUGUUGAAAGAAGUUGAUAUUGGUUCCGCAACUAAGGUAAAAUACUAUAAGCUUUAGGUGAAUAUGAAAACUAGCGUUUUGAUGUUAAACUACAGUAUGGACCGUAUGCGAUUGAUUAUUCACGAAACGGCAGAUUUUUAGCCCUGUGUGGUAAAUCAGGUCACAUAGCGGCAUUCGACUGGAUGGUGAAGAAGCUCCUUUUGAGAUCACUGUCUCUAACGAAUGCAAGGAUGUUAAGUAAGAAAUUUAAUUGAUAAUCUUUUAGGUUUCUUCACCAAGAAACGUUCGUUGCCGUUGCAGAGAAAAGAUAUGUUUCCAUAUAUGACAAUCAAGGCUUAGAAGUACAUUGCUUGAAAAAACUGAGUGGGAUAUUACGAAUGGAAUUUCUCCCGUAUCAUUUCCUUCUGGUGUCUUCCGUAGGUUUUUGCACUGGAGCUUUUAUUUCAGGCUGACAAUGGAUUUCUUUAUUACCUAGACUGUUCUAUUGGUACGAUUGUCGCUUCAAUACCUACAUAUAUGGGGCGCCUUGGUGUUAUGUGUCAAAACCCUUCUAACGGAGUUAUUUGCACAGGACACAACGAUGGUGUUGUAUCUAUGUGGGUACCUUCAGAGAAGUCAUACGUUAUCAAAAUGUUCGCCCACCCAACUGCCAUUACUUCGAUUGCUUGCGACCAAACUGGAAGAUUCCGAAUCCAUACCCAAUUGAAUCUUUCCUCAUAUAUAUGACUGGACAUUAAUUCUCAGUUCAUUCAAAGUUGAUUACGUUUCGUUCGCUUGAUAAUUAUAAUUGCUGGUAUGAGAGCAGUUUGUAAUCUUGGUAUAUACUGUCUUGAAUCGUGAUAGUAGGUAUAAAGUGAUGCGUUAUGUGAGUCGAACUACUUGGCAACCUGUGGAGUUGACCGAAAACUAAAGAUUUGGGACUUGAGGUCCACUUAUGAUCCUCUUUCCGAAAUCUUGCUGCCUAUGUCUGCUUCAACAAUUAAUUUCAGUCAGAAAGGUUUAUUAGCAUUGGGUGCUGCUAAUACCGUACAGAUUUUACGUGACCCCCAUUCCAUUCCACCGUCCAAUGCAUCAAAAAUCUUUGAAACCAUUUCACCUAAUGUUAACCGACGAGUAAUUUCGAAUGCUUAUCUUUCUCACUAUGCAGUUCAUCCAGUUUAUCGUGUACGCUUUUGUCCUUAUGAAGACGUUUUAGGAGUAGGUAGUUCCGCUGGGAUUUCAUCCAUUCUUUGUCCUGGGAGUGCCGAACCUAAUUAUGAUGGUUUAGAAGAAAAUCCUUUUGCCAAUAAACGUUAUAGGCAAGAAAGAGAAGUUAAACGACUUUUGGAUAAGAUUCCAUAUACAAUGAUUUCAUUAAAAUCAAUCGUUGGUGAAGUUCGUCGUGAAGACCUUUUAGAAGAAUGGGAAAAGAAGAAAGCUGUAUUACUUGGACAAGUUCCCAAAGUCGAUACACCUGCUAUUAAACGAAAUAAACAAAAAGGUAGAUCAAAACCUGGCCGAAUCGAGGCAAAAAAGCAAAAUAUACACUUUGAACGUAAAAUGUUUACUAUCAAAGAAGUUUUAGGUGUACGGGAAGCGGAAGAGAAGUUACGACGAAAAGUUUCUUACAAAAAAAUCAAUGAUAUAAGCACAUUACCGAGACCUAGUGAAGCUUUAGUAACAAAAAAGAAAUUAUCGAAAAGACGCACAAACACUGCUCUUGAUGUGCUGAUUCCACCAAAAGAAUUUUAAUUUUUAAAUCUUAAUUUCUUUAUCGUUCUCUAACUAACUGUUUGUCUUCAAGUUCUUUUCUUUAAUUUCCCAC